UAUGAGGUCACCGUGAGGGUCUGAUUGAACAGGGGGCGCAGCAGCAGGCGGAGAGUUGCACUGGAUGAUGAUAAACAUGAGAGAGAGAGAGAGAGAGAGAGAGAGAGACACACACACUGAAUAUGCGAUAGCAAGAAACAGUUUAUUUCAGUUAGGCUAGUAAAGCGAAUCUCGGAUAGGAAGGUGACCAGAGGAUUGCGCUUCUACGCGAGGGAACAUAUAUGAUAGAGCCGUUCUGUUGCAGUUACAGACGAGCUGAACAGGAAGAAUUCCCUUGCUUUCUGAGAGCGAGAAGGAGUGACUCUGAGGCAAUGAUACAUAAGAACAGUGAAGAAAGUUUCAAUUUCUAAAACAAACUGAAACUCACGACUACAGCGCGGAACACAGAAACCAUGCACUCUAUCUAUAUACAGUGUGGGGUAAUUGCCGUUUCAUGCGCAUUUUAACGGAUCGUUUUCUUUCCUGGUUUACAAGAACCAGGACAAAAGUUUAUCUAACGGAACGUAUAACAACAUACAGCACAAAUCUAGACUGUUUACCGGAACGUUGAGCCUUUUAGAAGAACUGUGGUGUUCUUCGCAUUGCAUAGCUUAGCUGGUAUUUUCUACCUCGCUGGACUGGUGAUUUGUGGGUCCGCGGACGGGUUGUGGAUAUAUAUAUUUUUUCUCCCAUGGCCUCUGCCAGGAUGUACUUUAUAACGAGAUGCAUUUUAAUAUCCAUGAUUUGGAAGAGCAACCGGGCUCUUUUAUGUCUGCCGUGUGAUGAAUCUAAAUGCGAGGAGCCAAAGCAUUGCUCUGGCGCCGUGGUGCUCGGUAUCUGCGGCUGCUGCUCCGUCUGCGCCAAACAGAAAAACGAGAGCUGCGGUGGUGUCUACGGUCUGUACGGGACUUGUGACCGGGGGCUCCGGUGCGUGAUCAGACCGCCGCUGAAUGGUGGAUCCAUCACGCAGUAUGAAGUCGGAGUCUGUGAAGAUGAAAACUGGGACGACGACCAGUUGUUGGGAUUUGAGCCGUGCAACGAGAACCUGAUCACGGGCUGCAACAUCAUUGAUGGGAAGUGUGAGUGUGACAGCAUACGGACCUGCAACAACCCCUUUGAGUUCCCCAGCCAGGACGCAUGCCAGACCGCUCUGAGGAAGAUUGAAGAGGAGCGGCCUGACUGUUCCAAGGCGCGGUGUGAGGUGCAGUUCUCACCCCGCUGCCCUGAGGACUCGGUGCUAAUCGAAGGCUACGCACCCCCUGGAGAGUGCUGUCCCCUGCCCAGCCGCUGUGUCUGCAGCCCUGCAGGGUGCCUGAGGAAGGUGUGCCAGCCUGGAUACCUCAACAUCCUGGUGUCCAAGGGCUCUGGGAAGCCUGGAGAAUGCUGCGAUCUAUACGAGUGCAAACCAGUGUUUAGUGUGGACUGCAGCACAGUGGAGUGCCCUCGUGUCCAGCAGAUUCAGUGUCCACCUGACAGCUAUGAGACCCAGGUGCGUCUCACCGCAGACGGCUGCUGCACCCUCCCCACCAGGUGUGAGUGUUUGCCCGGCCUGUGUAGGUUCCCGCAAUGCACUGCCGGGAGCUCCCCCGAGGUGGUCUUCCACGGCAACGGUAACCCCGGGCAAUGCUGUGAUGUGUACGAGUGCAUCAACGAGACCAAACCAGCGUGCAGCUUCAACGGGUCGGAGUACCAUGACGGAGACAUGUUCCGAAUGGACGCCUGCCGCUUCUGUCGAUGUCAGGGAGGGGUGUCGGUGUGUUUCACCGCCCAGUGUGGCAUCCUGCACUGUGAACGCUACUACGUCCCUGAGAGGGAGUGCUGCCCUGUCUGUGAAGACCCCAUCUACCCAGUGCUGAACUUUGCCGGUUGCUACGUGAGCGGGGAGAUCCUCGCACACGGAGACCACUGGCGUGAAGACGACUGUACGUUCUGCCAGUGUGUGAGCGGCAAUGCCCGGUGUGUGGCUGCCGCCUGCGGGCACAGUUGCCUCAACCCUGUGACUGUACCAGGAGAGUGCUGCCCAGUGUGUGAGGAGCCCACCUAUAUCACGAUGGCGCCCCCUACCUGUCAGUCAUUAGAGAACUGCUCCCUGUCAGAGAAGGACUGCUUAUACGGAUUCCGACAGAACCUGAACAGCUGUCGCACCUGCCACUGCAAGACACGAGAAGAGCUGUGCAGUGCCCUGACCUCUGACUGUACCCUGAAGUGUCCAUUCGGCCUGCAGACAGAUGCCCACGGCUGUGACGUAUGUCAGUGUCGCCCCAGACCCAAGAAGUGUAAGGCUGUGGUUUGUGACAAGGCCUGCCCCUUCGGAUUCAUAAAGAACAAGCAUGGUUGUGACAUCUGCCGCUGUAAGAAGUGUCCAGAGUUACCUUGUGACAAACCCUGUCCAAUGGGCUUCCAGCAGGACGAGUUGGGCUGCCUGAAGUGCCAGUGCAGAGACCAGAGCUCCUCAUCAGUCGCCCCAUCAGUGAAAAAGGGCUCAUGUCUGUCCAUGGAUGGAAGACGGCACGAGAAUGGGGAGAACUGGCACGAUGGCUGCCGGGACUGUUACUGCCACAGUGGCAGGGAGAUGUGUACCCUCAUCUCGUGCCCCGUGCCAGCCUGCGACAGCCCUGCCAUACGGACUGGACAGUGCUGCCCAUCCUGCCCAGAUGAGCCUAGCUCCCACAAGCCAGACCUGGGGGACUCGUCAGUGUGCCUGGCCCCGGGGGGAGAGUACUUUGUGGAGGGGGAGACGUGGAACAUCGACGCCUGCACCCAGUGCACCUGUCACAGUGGGCGUGUCCUGUGUGAGACAGAGGUGUGCCCGCCCUUGCUCUGCCAGAGCCCAAUCAGAACGCAAGACUCCUGCUGCCCUCACUGCCCAGACGAGCCCAUCACUCCCCAAUCUCCCAGUAAUGACAGCAUGCCCAGCUACUGCAGGAACGAGGAGGGAGACAUCUUCCUGGCCGCAGAGUCCUGGAAGCCCAACACCUGCUCCAGCUGUGUGUGUCUGGACGGUCAAAUCAGCUGCUUCUCAGAGUCCUGCCCACCUGUUGGCUGUGCCAGGCCCGUGCUACGCAAAGGACAGUGCUGCCCCUAUUGCCUCGAUGCCACACCGCGAGCCGUGUGCCACUUCAAUGGGAAGACAUAUGCAGACGAGGAGCGCUGGGACAUAGACAGCUGUACACACUGCUACUGCCUUCAGGGACAGACCCUCUGCUCUACUGUCAGCUGCCCCGCCCUGCCUUGCCACCAACCCACCAUAGUGGAGGGCAGCUGCUGCCCCAUGUGUUCAGAGAUGUACGCACCAGCACCCACCAACGUGCCCAUCGAGAAGACAGACCAGCAUGGAGACAGGAACCAGCCUGCCUGGCCCACACGCAGUGAAAAUGACAUCAUGCCCCAGUUCAGAGGGGACUUUGGUAGUCUCCAAAUGCCCUAUCUGGAUGGGAAGACCCCAGUUCCCAGUGAGGACACCAAACUGCACUCUGUGGCUUGGGUGGCACUGCCCAUCGUCAUGAUGCUCUUCACCAUCACAGCUCUGCUCUACGUCAACCAGAAGAAGCAGUGGAUCCCUGUGCUCUGCUAUCGCACCCCCACUAAGCCCACCUGCCUCAACAACCAGCUGGUGUAUGUGGACUGCCAGAAAGGUACCAAGGUGCAGGUGGACAGUUCGCAGCGCAUGCUCCGGAUCGCCGACCCUGAUUCUAGGUACAGCGGUUACUACAGCAUGCAGAAACAAAACAACUUCAACAACCUGCAGGCCGACAACUUCUACCAGACUCAGUGAGACAGACUGGCCUCGCCUCGCGUCCUGUACUCAGCAGUCAGCAAGCAGCCAAAACCAGAGAGAGAGAGAGAGAGAGAAUGAGAGAGCACCUUACCUACAGUACCUUCAGAACAACUAUGACUUACCACAGACAGACAAAGACAUGUCACCAAACCUAUAAGAUGACAAGAUCACUAGCAAACUAGCAAAGAUCACUCCAAACAAAAAAAAAGAACAGACAGACAAUUGACAAUGUCCUCAAGAUUAAUAACAAACCAAACAAAAUAGAAUAGAAUUAGGAUUAUGAUGACACAAUGGGAGAACCAGAAUCUAGACUUUCCCUAGAUUAUUAUUAUAAAAAAUGAUUGUGUGUGUGUGUGUGUGUGUGUGUGUGUGUGUGUGUGUGUGUGUGUGUGUGUGUGUGUGUGUGUGUGUGUGUGUAAAGUUAGAUAUGAAGCUUUGGGAUUAGGACAAACUGGGUAUUUUUCAAGCUAUGGUAUUUUCCUGCAUUCCUGCUUCCUUGAAAAAGGCCUUUGAAGAGAUAAACCGAAUAAUCCAAGCUAUUGUUUUCUGUUGAACACUGAACUUUUAGAACCAAAGCUCCUCUGACUGUCAAAUAAAAAUCACACCCUGUGAGAGCGAGGCUAGAGGAACGCUGUGGCCUGUCUGAGCUGAGCUAAGCCAUGGCAGGACGGACUGACGACUGCCGGACUUCAUGUGGCGACUCAGACGAAAGAGAGUGAACGAAGGAAAGAAAGAGAGGUCAGACACCGUAGACCCCAUCACAGACAGACACCUCUCUCAGGUCUGUUCAAGCUGGACUAUUCCUCCCUUCUUUCCUUCCUCUUUUCCUCCCCUCCUUUGAAAACGUCAAAAUUGGCUAGUUGUCUUUUCUUUUCCUGUGGAACGUUACCUGUUGGAAAGGAAGUGGACAGAAAGAAAGAAGCGCCACUCGCUCCGUCACCAGGCGGUUGUUCUCCCUGGUCAGUCGUUUGGAUUUCUAAUAUCUGUUUAUUUUCCUUGGAUGUUCUCAUUUUCCUUGUCAUUUUCAAAUCUCCGUCAUAAUUUGGCUAAAUGUAUUUAACAUCAAAGGAAAAGUUGACUUUCACUCACUCCAAACAAUGGUGUCUUUUAUUUUGGAUAAAGAAUAAAGGGGUUCCGGUUGAUAAAGGCAGGAUGAAGCGAGUGUAUUUCUCGAGGACUUGCGCAUAUGCUUUAUAAGUGCUGCUUUGCUUCUGUAAGUCUGUUUUCCACUGAGUCACACACACAUAGAGAUACUCUUUGGCUCCUUUAGGAAACACUGAGAAUACAAGGAGACAUAGUGUCAUCGAAUAUGUUCAAAUGUCUUUUCUCUUGGGGUCUCUGAAGACGAGCUACGGUAAAAGUAGCUCUUUGAUAUUUUUCCUCCUUCCUUUUGUUUUGUUUUACUGGCUGUGCGACUAACAAGUCUCCUCUUCUGGAGGCUGUUGCAUCACCUCGUUUUACCCAAGCACCUUUGUUAUUUUAGUCUUUGCAACAAACAAACAAAAAAUGGUUUCAAACAUUAUAGGAACACUUAUGUACAUAUUACUGCAACAGAUGAAAAUAUUGUGUGACUAUAUAUGUAUGUAUGUUGUGUAUGCAUGUAUGUACGUGUGUCAACACACAUUCAUACAUACAAGGUUUGUUUUCUUCACAUAUACAUUUCUCCAUUCAUUUCCUAUUGAAUGUAUUUAUGAUUGAGAAAAGAGAUGUGAUGUAAUAAUGGCACACCUGAUGAGAACUAGCAUUCCAUUUGCCUUGCUUGUUUGAAAAAAAGUCAAAAAGAGGAGUGAUAGAGACAGGACGGAAAAAAGACGAACAUCAAUCUUUUUUUCUCAUUUAUUUGAUGUCAAUUUUUUUUUUAACCCAUUGUAUGUCCAUGAGGGCUUUGUUUGAUUGGUCUGUGAGUUCCCUAUCUAUUUGUGUCAAUAUGCUUCCCUGAAUGAAGCAAUGUCCAAAAUGCCAACCAUAUAAUGACAAGUGAGUUCUGGGCUGAGCAGUACCAGGCUCUCUCAAUCUUUUAUUCUUCUCUUUCAUUUGCUUCUGAUGUCAAAACUACUGGAAAGUGGGUGGACAUAAGCUCUGGGAGAGAGGGUGGGAUGGAGGGAUGGAGGAAGGGAGGGGUAGUAGUCGACUUGUGAUAGUUUGUCUUGGGUGUAUCUUAAUCUGUCUGACAAAAAUGUACGUAGAAUCAUACAUCUUGGCACUUUUAUAUAGAAAAUAACCUCUUGGUGUUUUUUUUAUUUUAUUUUUGUUUUUACAAAUACUUUUCUUUGAAAUAGGUGCCCUUAGUUUUUUUUCUGAGCCCUGUGGGAUCCAGUGUUACAAAUUAGGUUCCAGCUGCUUCUGAAAAUUUGAUCUGCAAAACCACAACUUAAAACUCUGCAUAAUAGUGUGUUUAAUGUAGAACUGUAAAAUUGGAAUGUGUUACAAGACAAGGCAACUGUGUGCUUUAGGACCAUGCGGAUACCACCGAGCCGUCGGGUAGGCUGUUUGGAGUGUUUAUCCGACUGGAUAAAAAAAUACAAAAUAAAUUAUACCCCCCUCUUCUAAAACCAAAGUUGCGCCCCUGAUUUCUAAUGAGAGGGAGAAAUAUUUAACUUUCAAAACAGUUAUUGCAACUGAAGCUUGCUCUUGUUCUAAGUUUUCUCCAAACAUAGGACAAACAUACUCAAAUAUACUGUAUAACCAACAGCUACUGUAUGUUUUCAAAGAACAGUUGAUUGGUUCGAUUCUCCAACCUAUUAUGCAGCUCUGUCAUCUGGACACAAACCACGUUAUUCAAACCCCACUUAAAAUCCACAUAAAUUGAGAUCGUUGAAGUGAUGAAUAAUAGUGAUUGAUUUGAUUAUGUUCUAUUGUACACACACGUCACCUUGACUGGCUGGGUUCUUUCUUAUAUGACUUGGCUGUAGGUUGCAGGACAUGGCUCUACAACUCUUGGUUGAGUAAAGUGCUACUACAAGAUAAGCAUCUUAUUCACAAUGGGUCUUACAGGGUGAAAUCUUUGUAUUUUUCAGUGCAUCCUCCAAGUAUUGUUGUAAAUACUUGAGCAUCACUUGCCAAAUCAAAAAUAAACACACAAAAAACAUGGUUGGAAAGAAAGAGAGAAAAAAUACAAUUUAAUUUAUUGUGUUAAAUGACCGAAAUAAUUUAUUAAUGAGUAAGGUAAUUGAACAUGAACAUAAUAGGAGAUGAAAUGAAAAUGCAGCUGAAAUUGUGAAACUGUUUUGGUGUUGUGUUGGUCUCAAAGAGCGUUUAAAUAAGUUUGUACUUUAGGCAGGUGGAGAAGUUGGAGGAUCACAAGCUUCCUCAUCUGUAAUCAGGGUUUUUGGACACCUAUGGACCUGCCUGAUCCCAGGUCUGCUUUGUGCUGUCUUGCCAACUUCUAUGGUCAUUGUCAUUGCACUUUGAUUGUCACGCAGUGUGAUAACGACCAUAUGAGUUGGCUAGCUAGACAACACGAACAGAUCUGGGAUCAGGCCAGAUCUGUCUUGUCCACGCACAAAAGCCUGACGCCCUGAUGAGCCUGUUCCUCUGUCCCAAUAAAGAUAGCCCUUUGAGAUGGGAGGGAUAUCUCUUUGUCCCCAUUCUUUCCCUUUUACUCUUUUAAUUUACACAACUGCCAAUCCCCUUUAUAGGCUGUAUAGUACCGUUGUUUUAUGCUUAUGUAAAAAAUAACAUGUUGAUAUUGAUAUUGAUAAUGAUGAUAUUGCAAAAACAAGAUCCAUAAAGAGUGAUAGAUAAAAGACGUGGUUCUGAAUUUCCCGUAGCAACAGCGGAUUCUUUUGCAGGUUCCUGUAUUGUUUUUGUUUCUUUCUUUGCAGCACAAUAAAUCAUUUGAAAACAGA